CCGGCCCCCAGACGGCCAUUUGUAGCGGUGCUGGAGGCUGCGUUCGGCUGCGCUGCGGAGACGCGGAGAGGAGCGCGCUCCCUGGCUGCCGCGUCCCCUGCCUCGUCGCCUCCCCGGCUCUCCCGCGUCUCGGGCAACUCCCAGCCGGUCCGGGGGAUAGCGCUCCGCGGCCCGCCAGGCCACUCACGGGCCCCGCGCGCCCUAACCGCCUCGUAGCCCAGCCGGCCGCACUCGUCCCCGGAGCCGGGCCUAGGGCGCGCGGCGGCCGGGCUGGGCUCCGGGCGUCCCGAUGGCCGCGGCCGGCUGGCGCGACGGCUCCGGCCAGGAGAAGUACCGGCUGGUGGUGGUCGGCGGCGGCGGCGUGGGCAAGUCGGCGCUCACCAUCCAGUUCAUCCAGUCCUACUUUGUGACAGACUACGACCCGACCAUUGAAGACUCCUACACAAAGCAGUGCGUGAUCGAUGACAGGGCAGCCCGGCUGGACAUUUUGGAUACAGCUGGACAGGAGGAGUUUGGAGCCAUGAGAGAGCAGUACAUGAGGACAGGUGAAGGCUUCCUGUUGGUCUUUUCAGUCACGGAUAGAGGCAGUUUUGAAGAAAUUUAUAAGUUUCAAAGACAGAUUCUCCGAGUAAAGGACCGUGAUGAGUUUCCCAUGAUUUUAAUAGGCAAUAAGGCCGACCUGGACCAUCAGAGACAGGUAACACAGGAAGAAGGGCAGCAGUUAGCACGGCAGCUCAAGGUCACAUACAUGGAGGCAUCGGCGAAGAUCAGGAUGAAUGUAGAUCAAGCUUUCCAUGAACUGGUCCGGGUUAUCAGGAAAUUUCAAGAGCAAGAAUGCCCUCCUUCACCAGAACCAACCCGGAAGGAAAAAGACAAGAAAGGCUGCCACUGUGUCAUUUUCUAAGAGUCCCUUGAGUUUUAGCUAACAACUGCCAGGGAAGCCCUCAUCUCUGUUACCGUUUACAUCAUGCCGGUACCUUUGUAGCCUUAGACUGAUGAUCACCGAUUUAGCCUUACACCAAGAAGCUGGCUAAUCCUUUCUGCGAAGCUAAUGUAACGGUCUUUCCCGACCCAUGUAAAGGAAACACUAAGGCUGCUUCAGACAUUGUCUGCUUCCUUUAAAUCACAUGUCUACACAUACAGAUGCAUUCUCUAAGGGCUUACAUUUUAAUAGGGAUGAACCAAGUUUGGAACCUAAGCUGUUUGCUAUGCUGAAGUCAUAGGUUGUGAAGCAAUUUUUAACUUCUGGAAUCAUGUUGCCUACUGUUACUCUAAAUAGAAACAUAGGGAAGGUUUUUUUGUUUUUGUUUUUAAUGUGGAUUUUUGCCUAUCUUUAAAACUUUUGAUGUCAACUUUCAUUAACCUUAAAUACACUGAAUGGAAUCUACAGAAGUGAGACAUCUCAGACCUUUCCUGAUGCUGCGGCUUUUGUUUCUCCAGUGGCCAGAAUACCAAAAUGCCUGUUGUAUUUAUGGAUUAAAAACUCCUGAUCAAGCCUUUGUUAUUAUGCCUCCUUCAAGAUGACAAUAUUCUCUGUGGCCAAAUGUUUGGACUCAUUCUGCACCUAGGUGUUUCAGUGAACUUGAUUUCUUUUCACAGCCGUGGUAAGGGUAAGAGUGAGUGGUUCCUGUCUGUCUUCCUUUUCAAGUAUUCCUGGUUAAGGGAUUAAAAAAAGAAAACCCAAUCCACACAGACUAAAACUGUUUUUGUUUGAUGUAAUAUAAAAUAUGGAAUUGAUCUUUUCAGAGUCAGAGAUGAUUAAUGUUUUUUGCUAUAUACUUUUAUACGUUAUUUUCUUAUCAAACUAGUUAACAAGUAUUUUUAUAUGUUUGUAAGCGAAUAUGCUUUCACAGCGUACCUUGUGUAUAUGUAAAGAUGAGUAUUUAAUUCUCACUGUUCACUGUUAACUGACAAAGAGAAAGUGGAAGCCACGGCGACUGUGCCAGGGUUUUUGCUUGCUGGCUUGGUCCUUGUUGCAUCCACCAGUGGCCAAUGAUCAGAAAACCCUCCUGACAGAACACAACAGGACGAGACUGUGAUGUCACGUUCAAUGUCCCCGCUAGAUACUGACUGCUCUACCAAGUAUUACGUGUAAAACCUCUACUUGACAAUUAGUGUAACUGUGGAUGGCUUCUGAUUUUGUUUUAACUCUGUGGAUUGUGUUUAAGCAAUUCAAAGUGUGUUCCUGGUUUUCAGACUCUCAGUGGUAUUGCACAGUGGUCACUUUACUGAAUGUGUACAACAGUCCCAUGAAGUCUAUAAAGCGGACCCUUGUAUAGCUUCAGGUGCUAGAAUUAAAGUUGAUCUGUUAUCACCCGA